AUUUGAGCAAGUCAUGCAACACGCACAUACAUUAUAUCACAAAACCUAAGAUGGCUUCCCCUGUACUUUCCAAUAAGCCUCAUGCAGUUUGUCUUCCUUUGCCGGCUCAAAGCCAUAUAAAGGCAAUGCUCAAAUUAGCAAAACUCCUCCGCCAUAGAGGCUUUCACAUAACCUUUGUCAACACAGAGUUCAACCACAGGCGAUUUCUUAAAUCUCUUGGACCUAAUUCCCUUGAUGGCCUGCCUGAUUUUCGAUUCGAAACCAUUCCAGACGGCCUUCCAGAAUCAGAUGAAGAUGCCACCCAAGACUCCACUUUGCUUUGUGAGUCGUUCAGAAAUUUCUUGCCCUUGCCUCCGUUUCUUGAGCUCCUCGUAAAACUCAAUGAGACAGCAAGUAGUGUUCCUCCGGUGACUUGCAUAGUUUCAGACGGUUUCUUGUCCAUGUUCACAAUCACAGCAGCUGAAGAACUUGGAAUCCCUAUCACACUGUUUUACACUGUUGCUGCAAGCAGCUUCAUGGGCUUUAAACAGUAUCGCGCUUUGAUGGAAAAAGGACUUGCCCCACUCAAAGAUGAGAGCUGUUUGAAAAAUGGGUAUUUGGACAAGGUCAUAGAUUGGAUUCCAGGGAUGAAAGAUAUUCGUCUACGGGAUCUUCCAACCUUCAUCCAAACUACAAAUCAUGAUGACGUGAUGUUCAACUUCUGCAUGGAAGCAACAGAUAAAGUUGAUAAAGCUUCAGCAGUUGUUUUUCUUACAUUUGAUGCUUUGGAAAAAGAUGUUAUGGAUGCUCUCUCAUCUAUGCUGAUUCCACCUCUUUAUACCAUUGGUCCUAUCCAAUUACUUCUCAAUCAGAUACCAGAAGAUUCUUUUAGCCCUAUCGGAUACAGUUUAUGGAAAGAAGAAACUGAGUGCCUUCAAUGGCUAAAUUCCAAGGCCCCAAAUUCAGUUGUUUAUGUGAAUUUUGGCAGUGUAGCGGUCAUGACACCGCAGCAUCUUCUGGAGUUUGGCUGGGGACUUGCAAAUAGCAAGUUUCAUUUCUUUUGGGUAAUUAGGCCCGAUUUGGUUGUUGGUGAAUCUGCAUAUUUGCCACCUGAGUUUGUGGCGGAAACGAAGGAAAGAGGUCUAAUAGCAAGUUGGUGCCCACAAGAAGAAGUCCUUAACCACCCAUCAGUUGGAGGGUUUUUAACACACAGCGGUUGGAAUUCAACCAUGGAGAGUCUGACUGCAGGAGUGCCUAUGCUCUGCUGGCCAUUUUUUGCUGACCAGCAAACCAAUUGUUAUUAUACUUGCAAUGAAUGGAGCAGUGGCAUGCAGAUUGAUAACGAUGUCAAGAGAGAUGGAGUGGAGAUGCUUGUUAGAGAGUUGAUGGAGGGAGAGAAGGGUAAGAAAAUGAAAAAGAAGGCUAAGGAGUGGAAGAAACUAGCAGAAAAUGCAACUGAUCCACAUGGCUCCUCAUCCAUUAACUUAGAUAAUUUAGUCAAUCAAGUGCUGUUAAGAAAAAACUAGAUGCUAGGCAUAAAAAAUAAAAAAUCGCCACACAUUAUUGUUGGUGUCUCUAGCAUUACUCUAUAUAUAUUACGCUUAUGUUUUUUCUUCAGGUGUGAUAUCGAUGUUGAGUUGUGAAGAUAAAAUUCAACUAGAAAAAAAAAUAUAUUGUUUUCUGUUUAGUGCCC